AUGCAAUCCUUAAGAGAGAAAGAUUUUAAACAGGCCCUUUUCUUCAAGAAUGAAAUAGUUUCAUCUACUUCCAAAUCCCUCUCCUUAUACAAUGCUUCUCUGUUGAAAGAAUCCCUCAACCUUUUCAUGACAACCACCAAAUUUAUAGACAAGUAUUAUUGUAUUUUCAUGCAAUUCCAACCAGAUCGUGGCUUCCCUCCACAUGUUAAGCUCACACCUCAUGCUUUAUGCCUACACAAAGAAGAAAUGGAUAUUCACAAAUGUCUCAUUAACCGUGUAGACAUUGUUCAUAGGAUUGCAAGGCUUCUGAUGCUUGUUGGUAUGGGAAAAUUGCCACUUUAUGUAAUUGAGAAGCUAAAAUGGGAUCUGGGUCUUCCUUAUGAUUAUGUAAAGACUCUUUUGGCCGAUUACCUUGAUUAUUUUGAUGUUUGUAGCAUCGAAGAUCCAUUAUUCGGAAAGGUUGUCUUGAUUAGGAAGCAUCCAUUAAUGGGUAUGAGAUUGAGGAUCGCUCAAAAGAGAGGAAGGAGGAGGUCGCCGGCGUUGAUGGUAGCUGAUGGAGGCACAGUUGUGAGGCAGUGA